AUCGUCCAGUGGGAGUGGCUCUACAAUUCACGUCCAGGUCUCAUCAUCAUCUCAGUUUGAGUCUUUGGUCUGUACUUCCAAGAUUAAAACUAUAUCACUGGAGACUUUUGAAUCUGAGCCAUCUUUAGAGGCAACAAGCAUCAAACGCGUUUCUCAAGGGAUAUGACCCAACGCCGCAGCAUCUGACCCAGUCAUGGAUGACGAAACCAACGUCAAACCCGAGGCGGAUAGCUUGGAUGCCACUGAGCCUGUAAAACAUGAACCAACAGAGUCGCCCAGCCUAGAUGUCUCGGCUGCACAGAACCCUGCGCCUUCCAUGGCCACCAACGAGGCCAGCCGCUUGAAGGAGCUGCAGGCUGAUGUCCGUGAUCAGGAUGAUCUUGAAAGAGACAUCGCUCGCCAGGCGGACAGAUUGCUCGUCGAACAGGCUGAUGAGCGAGACAACAAGAGGCUGGAGCGCACAACACGUGAGAAGCAGAAGGUUGAGGCUCAGAUAUUGAAAUUACAUCAGCGUCUGUCACAACCUAUCGGUACAGCCGGGAGGGUUCGCGCUCAAAAUGAACUUCAAACCCUCGAGUCGCGCAACACAUCGUUGGCCAACGACCUUGUGGAUAUCCAGCAACGCAUCGUCGAUAGAAACCGAGAGCAAGAUGGCGAUGGCGAAGCCUCUAGGAUCGGGCGUUUGCCCAACGAAUCUCGUCGAGACUAUCUGAUCCGUACCGGAAAGAUUACACCUUUCAUGAACAUGAGCCAUGGCCCGGACCAUGGUCCUCUUGCUAGCUUACAGGAUGCGCUGAUUGACGCCGAAGAUGAGCAUGACGAAGUAGAGGCUUUGGAGCGCUUCAAAGCGCGAUCGGCUGUUUCACACCGAAAUCUCGUCCGCCCGGGAUUCGAUUUCGAUGUGUCUAGUGGUCCUGAGAGCACAGACCUCUCUGCCGAUACCCGAACUGCAAAGCGUCGAAAACUGGCGCAUCGGCAGCCUUCAAAGAAAGAUCGCGAGGCUCAGGAGGAUCUGGGUUCCAGUUCAGAAGCGCCUGAUGGCACCCAGUCAGAGAAAGAUGAUGAUAACUCAAGCUAUGUGGCAUCAGAAGAUGAAGAAUCACAAGUCGAUGACGAAUCGGACUUCGUCAUCGAGGGGCAAUCAGAGCGAGCAGCGUCCCGGAAGAAGAGCAAGACGUCUGCUGACGAAGUGGAAGACCUUACGGGUUUGGACGAUGGCAAGGAGGCGGUUUAUCAGAACAGACUUCAAUCCUGGGUCAGCCGCAGAGGUGCAGCAAGGAAGCGUGCGCAGAAGGCACAGCAUCCGACAGAAGAAGGAGUCAAUGAGAUGCAUGUAGAUUCGACUCAAGAAGAAGAUCAAGAAGAAGAUGAGUGGUUCAAGCCUCACCCGACUGUUCCGGAUAUGCAUUAUGACAAUGGAUAUCGUAUCCCGGGUGAUAUUCAUGCGCUCUUAUUUGAUUACCAGAAGACCGGAGUACAGUGGCUGUGGGAAUUGCAGCAGCAACAGGUUGGUGGUAUUAUCGGCGAUGAGAUGGGCCUGGGUAAGACGAUACAGGUCAUUGCGUUCAUCGCAGGUCUGCAUUAUAGCAAGAAGCUUACGCAGCCUGUCGUCAUUGUGUGUCCAGCCACGGUCAUGAAACAGUGGGUGAAUGAAUUUCACCGCUGGUGGCCGCCUCUUCGCGUCUCCAUCCUGCACUCUUCCGGUAGUGGAAUGGUCAACCUUCGGAAUGAAAGCAGUAGAGAAGACGCCUUGCUAUCCCAAGCCUGGAAUGCGGCCACUUCUAGACGAAUGCCCAGUGGCUUGAAAGCCGCGCGGAAAGUUGUCAGGCGCGUGGUUGAAGAAGGACAUGUGUUAGUGACGACAUAUUCAGGCCUUCAAACUUAUGCGUCCCUUGUGAUUCCAAUCGAAUGGGGUUGCGCUGUGUUGGAUGAAGGCCACAAAAUCCGCAAUCCCAACACCUCGAUCACGAUUCAUUGCAAAGAGCUUCGGACGCCUCAUCGGGUCAUUCUCUCUGGAACUCCCAUGCAGAAUAACCUGACAGAACUGUGGUCGUUAUUUGACUUUGUGUUCCCAAUGCGCUUGGGCACUCUGGUCAACUUUCGAAACCAGUUCGAGUUCCCUAUCCGCCAGGGUGGUUACGCAAACGCUUCAAAUCUACAGGUCCAAACCGCUGUGAAGUGUGCUGAGACUCUCAAAGACGCUAUCAGCCCAUACCUAUUGCAACGGUUCAAGAUCGAUGUAGCGUCUGACCUGCCGAAGAAGAGCGAGCAGGUUCUUUUCUGCAAACUGACAAAAGUACAGCGAGAGGCUUAUGAGGCAUUCCUUGGGUCUUCCGAGAUGCAAGCUAUCCUCAACAAGCGCAGACAAGUUCUCUAUGGUGUUGACAUUUUGCGCAAGAUCUGCAAUCAUCCAGACCUCCCAAACCACAAACUUCAUUCCUCUGUGAAAGACUACGGUAGCGGCAGCCGCUCGGGCAAGAUGCAGGUUGUGAAAUCACUGCUCGAGCUAUGGAAAGAUACUGGCCACAAGACUCUGCUUUUCGCCCAGCAUCGAAUCAUGUUAGACAUCUUAGAGAAAUUUGUGCGGUCGUUGUCGGGCGGGUUCAAUUACCGCCGAAUGGAUGGCACAACUCCAAUUCACCAUCGGCAGACAAUGGUUGAUGAGUUCAACAAUGACCCCGAUCUCCAUGUUUUCCUACUUACAACAAAGGUUGGAGGAUUGGGCGUGAAUCUUACCGGCGCGGACCGAGUCAUCAUAUACGAUCCUGACUGGAAUCCCUCAACGGACAUGCAGGCACGCGAGCGAGCGUGGAGACUUGGACAAAAGAGGGACGUUACGAUAUACCGCCUGAUGACCGCGGGAACCAUCGAGGAGAAGAUCUACCAUCGUCAGAUCUUCAAGCAGUUCCUCACGAAUAAGAUUCUGAAAGACCCCAAUCAACGACAGACGUUCCAGAUGAGCGAUUUACAUGACCUGUUCUCCCUUGGCGAAGAUAACCAAGGCGCCACGGAGACCAGCAAGAUAUUCAAAGAUACAGCCAUGACCUUCAAGAACGGGGACGGCGCUUCCCAGUCAACAGCGCCGUCUGCUAAUAACGCCGCCCCUCCGGCCGACGUCCAAGACGAGAAGAAGGACAUCAGCAAAGCAGCAGGCGUUGCAUCAAUAGAGGAAUACCAAGGCGAGCAAGAACAACAGCAGCAGCAGCAACAGCAGCAAGGAGAAUCCGAACCCGCCGCCCCAGGUGCCAACCAAGAGUCGCGCAUCAUGGAGAAGAUCUUCGCCCGGUCCGGCGUGCACUCCGCGCUGGAACACGACCAAAUUCUGAACGGCAAGCGCGUCGUCCGCGCCGACCCCAAGAUCAUCGAAGCAGAAGCGAAGCGCGUCGCUGCCGAAGCAGCAGAAGAGCUGCGUCGCGCGGGCGAAGCAGCGCGGUCCGUUCCAAUCGGCACACCCACCUGGACAGGCCAGUUCGGAGUGGCCGGACGGCCGGAAGAGACACCGUCGCCCUUCGCUAGAGGCGGCGGUGGCAGCACUGCGAGACGCGCAGGCGCAGGCCCUUCUUCGGCCAGCAUCCUAGCCAAUCUGUCCUCGCAGAGACCCUCCUCGCGAAGCAAUACGAAUAGCCCGGCCCCGUCGCGGGCGCCCAGUGGGGUCGAUUUCAUCACCAUGCUGCGGGACUUCUUGACGGCGCAUGGCGGCUCGGUCCAUACCCAGAUGCUCAUUGACCAGUUCAACCAUCAUUGCACGACUCCGCAGAAGACGGCCGAGUUUAAGGAAAUGCUUAAUACGAUUGCUGUUCUGGAGAAGGGUGGACGGAGCAGACGUGGCAAAUGGACCUUGAAGCCUGAGUAUGCUAGGAAAAGGUAAUUGCUCUAGGCUUGAUGAUUAAUUCAUCGAUUGCGAUUAUCUACAUCACUUUUCUUAUGAAUCUUAUGAAUAGAAGUAGUUAUGAGAAGAGACGUUUCUUAGGGGGGCGGAGUUAGCAAGAUCCUUACUCAUGUCUUUCACACUUUUUUUUUUAGCUUCAAGUGGUGGGUUGAACGAGACAUUGCCCCUUCAGAUCUGUUCCAGGCUCCCCCAGCAUAAAAUCUGCACGACAACUACGCCACAAACCGC